AUGUGGGCCCGAAAGGUUGGUGUGCCGCCAAAAUGGGCCUCCCGCGUGAAAGUCGUGGCGCUUUCGGUCUUCACCGCAAGCAUCGGCAUUGCCAUGUUCAACUUUAUGAUGAAUCUGAGCAUCGGUCAAUUAGAUUUGGCGAAGCCUCGCCAUGAAGGCGACGACAAGGUCUAUUGCUUUAUGGCCACUGGUUACAGAUGUGAUUCGGAUGAGAAGAUGCAGCACUUUCUGGUGCGUUUGGAGCACAAACAUCGUCGCCCAUUUCCGGAUGUCUUGGAGUGUGAGGUGCAGGACGUUCAGAACACGUCCUGCAGCAGAGUCCACGUACCUGUCGCGAGCAUCAAUGGCCACAUGAUCCCAAUGGCCGGGCGCAUCGACUGGCUCCGCUGGUGGGCCAAGUUGUUUCUGGUCCUAUCGCUGCUGCUGCUCUUGGGCAUCAGCACCCACGACUUGGCGCUGCUGAGUGUGUUGAAACAAGAGGAGAUCAUGGAUUUUCGGAGUCUUCGCUGGCAAUUUCCCAUCCUUCGUCGCGCUUUUUCCUUGUUGAUGGGCCUGGCAGUUUGCCAACGCAUCCUCCGGCGACGUGGCUUGGGACGAUGCGCGAAGAUUCUCUCGCGCUUAGGCAUUCCGUUUCUCAUCGUAUGGAACUUGGGUCUUGCGGUGCUGGUGUUGAGUCCAGUCUGCGUCGCCUUGUUCUUGAUGCAUCCGAUCCGCCUCUCGCGUGCCGCGGUCUUCGUGCAAAGUCUCGUGUGUGCCGUGUACAGUUUGGCCUUCUUCAUUCAAUUCAUGGUGUGGUCCCUGCACCGGCACUGGCGGCCCUGGUACGCCCUGACGUGGCUGGUGCGUGGCACCGUGGCGACGGAGCAUCCUCUGGCGGAGAAGGUGGAUUGCCUGUGCGGCUGCGAAUAUUCGGUCAGCAACCAUGCGCUCUUCCAGCUGAUCGUGAUCUCCAUCACCGGCUUGGUGAAGUCUCUCACCGUGGCCUUCCGCUGUAUCAAAGGACUUCGGAGGUCGGAAUGGGCCAACCUGAUUUCGGUGCUCUUCAGCGUGCCCAUCAACGUCUACCCCGUGACCUGGGCCUCGCUGCCGGACGCCCAGUGGCCCGAGAUGUGCCACGAGGACAGCGAGACGCAGGGAGAACGCGCCUUCGAUCCCUUCGUGUUGAUGGAUGAACAGCUGAACAGCAAAUCUCUCCGCUUACAGCUGGCGGCCGUCCAAACCUCGUGCGGUUCUCCUCGAGCUGGUGACUUAACGCCCCGCGAGGCGGAUAUGAUCGGAUGCUGUGGCUUCCCCUACGCGCGCAAGCGGGUGGAUAUGGCUGAUUCGUCACCAGAGACGCCCAUGAUCGACUAA